GUCAGUUGGUGUGUAUGCGGUGAGUAAUGGACUAUAGAAAAGAAAUGAAAAAGGAAUUGAGUGAAGCGGUGAGGAGAGGCGAUCUUCAGUCAGUAACACGUUUCUUUGAGUUGGGAGUUGAUAUCAAGACUCCAUGUGUUAACACUCUUCUGAUACAAGCGUGUAGGAAUAAUAAGAAGGAGAUAGUUGAGUUGCUUCUCACUAAAUCAGCAGAUGUUAAAGGGACUGGCAAGUUUGGAGUGACACCUUUGAUAACAGCAGCAAGGAAUGGGUUGGACAAUAUCAUUGAUGUGUUAUUGAAAUCCAAAAAUAUUAAUGUGAUGAAGAGACAUUAUGUACGUUUGAGUAUUGAGAGGUUCAGUUGAUAUUGUGGUGUCUGUUGUGCAUGUAUUAAACAUAUUUGUGAAUGUAAUGCAUUGAUUUUGCUAUUGUUCGUGUUUGUGUGCUCAUUAUGUGUGUUGAAUGGAAUGUCUGUUGCUUAGUAUGUUUUAAUUAACAUAAACACUCUCUCACUAGCUUAUCAGUUUCCUGUUUACUCAGGUUGGAAGGACAGCCAUUCAUUGGGCUGCAAUGAAUAAUCACAUGACCAUUGUAGAGAGACUUGUGUCUUGUUCUGUUCCUGUUGAUAUCAAUGAUAACAAUGGUUGUACACCACUGUGGUGUGCUGCCUAUUAUGGUCAUGUGUGUUGUGUUGAUGUUCUCCUAAAACAUGGAGUGAGUCCCCAACAUGAGAGUGAGAGGAAAGGAUCACCACUGCAGAUUGCCAAGCGACGUGGUCACAGUGAUGUUGUUGAGAUGAUGGAAGAAGCCAUAAGAUCAAAGACUCCGAAUAGAGAGGAGCGCGUAGCUACAGUAAUGUUACUGAUAAGACAGUUGGCAGAGAAAGACUUGCAAUUACAAUCAAUGAGCAAAGAAUUGGCAGAGAAAAACAGGGAGGUGGCAUCUUUGAAAGCACGAUUGGCAAGAAUCAGAGACGUAGCUGAUGUUGAGAGUGAUGAGGUUGUGGAAGAUGAUGUGAUAGCAGCCAGAAUUCAGUCUACUGCUAGCGCGUUUGCUCAGUCAACAGAGGAUGAUCAUAGACGUGAUUCGUAUUCUCGUCGAGUUCUGCAGGCAAUUCAAGGAUUUGGCUCAACCAGAUGGUAUGCACUCGGUCGUGAUUGUGGAGAAACACGAGAUCAGCUGCACAAAUUCACUGUUCUGGUCGAUGAUUGUGAUAAAGUUCAAGCUUUCUUUGAUGCGAUGGCACAGAAAGUAGGAGAGAAACGAGCAGCAGACAAACUACUGGACGCUUGCAAGAACAUACAAAACCCAAUAUUUGCUGCAGUAAAAGAAGUGAUGGACACAAAAUGUAAUUUGGGAAGGUGUUUUGUAUUGCAUAUUAAUAGUGUUGUCGUAGUUAAAUGUCCUCAGUUGUGAUUUGCUGUCAUUUUUAAUCUGAACUUAGCAGUCUAGUGAUUGUGUAGAAAAGUGAAGACAUCAAAUGCGU